CACUCCCCACACCCCCGCCAGGGCAGGGGGGCGGCUGCUCGCCCUCGCCCCGCCCCUUCAGCCCUCCCCGGGCCUGCGCGCUGCAGCCAGCGGCGGGAGCGCGGUGCCGGGAGCGGUGCGGCGGCCGGCGGCGGCGCGGGACCGCCAUGAGCUUCCUCAUCGACUCCGCCAUCAUGGUCACCUCCCAGGUGCUGUUCUUUGGAUUUGGAUGGCUAUUCUUCAUGCGCAAGCUCUUCAAGGAUUAUGAGGUGCGACAAUAUGUUGUCCAGGUGAUCUUCUCUGUGACUUUUGCCUUCUCUUGUACUAUGUUUGAGCUCAUCAUCUUUGAGAUUUUGGGGGUGCUGAACAGCAGCUCCCGAUAUUUUCACUGGAAGCUGAACCUGUGUGUCAUUUUGCUCAUCCUAGUCUUCAUGGUACCCUUCUACAUCGGUUACUUUGUUGUGAGCAAUAUCAGAUUAUUGCGCAGACAGAAGCUACUUUUUGCAUGUGUUCUGUGGUUGACAUUCAUGUAUUUCUUCUGGAAGCUGGGGGAUCCGUUUCCCAUCCUCAGCCCAAAACAUGGAAUUCUGUCUAUAGAACAGCUCAUCAGCCGUGUGGGUGUGAUUGGGGUGACACUCAUGGCUUUGCUGUCAGGAUUUGGUGCUGUCAACUGUCCAUACACUUACAUGUCCUACUUUCUCAGGAAUGUGACAGAUGCAGAUAUUCUCGCUUUGGAGCGACGACUCCUUCAGACUAUGGACAUGAUUGUUAGCAAGAAAAAAAGGAUAGCAGUGGCUCACAGGACAAUGUUCCAGAGAGGAGAAGUGCACAACAAACCCACUGGCUUCUGGGGAAUGAUAAAAAGUGUUACAACAUCUGUUGCAGGCAGUGAAAGUUUGCCAGAUCUGUCCCUUAUCCAGCAAGAAGUGGAUGCCCUAGAAGAGCUGAGUCAGCAGCUUUUUCUGGAGACUGCUGACCUGCAUGCAACAAAGGAGAGAAUAGAGUACUCCAAAACUUUCCAGGGAAAAUAUUUUAAUUUUCUGGGUUACUUUUUCUCCAUCUACUGUGUCUGGAAAAUCUUCAUGGCAACUAUCAAUAUUGUCUUUGACCGUGUGGGGAAGACAGAUCCAGUCACAAGAGGAAUUGAGAUCACUGUAAAUUAUUUGGGAAUCCAGUUUGAUGUGAAAUUCUGGUCUCAACACAUUUCCUUUAUUCUCGUUGGAAUAAUCAUUGUCACCUCUAUCAGAGGCUUGUUAAUUACACUUACAAAGUUCUUCUAUGCCAUUUCCAGCAGCAAGUCCUCCAAUGUUAUUGUACUGCUUUUAGCACAGAUCAUGGGUAUGUAUUUUGUAUCAUCAGUGCUCCUGAUUCGGAUGAGUAUGCCUCUAGAGUAUCGCACUAUUAUAACAGAAGUCCUGGGAGAGCUCCAGUUCAACUUCUAUCAUCGUUGGUUUGAUGUGAUAUUCCUAGUUAGUGCACUAUCCAGUAUCCUCUUUCUCUACCUAGCACACAAACAAGCUCCAGAAAAGCAUAUGGCCCUCUGAGUAAGGACUGCAGUCACUCACUGCUCUUUUGUCCUUUCUGCUGGACUGCUGCAACUCCUGUGGACUGCAAAACUUGAAGAGAGCCAUGGCUGCUCUGUGCAUUCCAGCAGUGUAACUGGCUCUUUGAACUUCCACAUCUUCAAUCAAGCCCUGUGGCUCAUUUUGUUUAGGUGCCACAGCAUGAAGGAAAGGGAACGCACAACUGAAUGUGAGAUAAUUAAUUGUUAAGGAAUAACGGGGGAUCCAUGGUACACCAGUAUCUAGGGAGAUCAGAAUUUACUUAGUAGGCUGUCUGAUAUAAGACCUCUUGGUUUUAGAAGAACAUCUUCACAGAAGGCACCAAGGAAAUGUGAUUUUUCUUUUUGAAAAGCAACUCAUAAUUGGGAUUCAGAGGAUGAUAAUUCCCGAACUGGUUGUGGGUGUCUGUGGAAUUAAAUAAGCUUUUGUAAUAUCUCAUGCAAGCAUCAGAGUUGUUUGUUGUCAGCCCAAAAUAUUUGUUUGGAAGUGGCUGGGGUUUACUGCCUGGCAGAAGUGAAAUGGAGAGAAGGUAAAGGAACAUCUGUAUAUCAUUAAUACUUGCUGUCGUUAUCAGCUGGAGCUUAGCUCUCUGUUGCUAAAUCUCAACUUUGUUUUCCCUGUCUGUGUAAAUGGAACGGAGGCUUUGGAUUCCUGUUUGCUUGAGUUCAGCUUGAAGUCAAAGAUCACAGCCAUGCCUUGUUUACCUUCUGUGUUAUAAAUGUGUUUACCUUAUAUGCUGUAAAUUUGGUAUUCCCCAUUACCUGCCUAUUCUUCUACAGUAGCCUGUUUCCCCUUCUUGAUGUUAUUCAAGGCAUAAAAGUAAAUUUUAUUUAUGUGACUUGAACUUGUAGCUUCCCAUAGACACUCUCACAGACAUUGUUAUAAGAUUCUUCUGGAACACAGCUCAUAGGUGAUAAGGGUAAGACCUGGGGGAAAAAAUAGCCACUUUAUAAACAAUUUAUUUCUGUAUUGUCUUUGGUGUACAGGAAGGAGGCAAAGCAUACAAUAGCAGUAUUACAGAGCCAUUUAUGUCACAUCCAAGACAAUGUGGUGUUAACUUGGAGUGAGACAAGCUUGCGUGACUGAAUUACACUUCUAACUACCAUGAUCCACAACUGUAGGCAGAGAGAAUAGUGCUUAAAGAUUUUGCAUUACAAAUUUUGAAGUUACCUUAAUGUUUGAAAGAAAUUUCUGCAGUGUUAGUAGGAGAAAGGAGUGUAAUAGACAGCAUACAUCAGCUUAUGACAUAUUCAGAGCGGUUGUACUGCCAUACAUUUAGCACGGAUAGUCGCCACCGAGAUCGAGUUAACGGCCUUGGAUUAGAAAGGGAACUGCCUCUCCUGGGAGAUGGCGAGAAAACUGUUGCUCUUUAUUAAGAGCUUAUCCUUAAAAGGCUCAGAUACUUAUGAAUUUAUGAAAUGUUUUCUCCCUUUGCUACAGCAUACUUAACUGUAUACCUCUACUUAUUAAAGCCUUUACGGAUGUAAAUGACUGACUCCCCACUUUACAAAGCAGAAAGCCAAUAGCAGGAUGUUAAAUGACUGCAUGUUACACUGAAGUGCUUAUUUCAGGCAGCUCUAUUUCAGCAAGUUAUUGUGGUCCCUUAGGGGUAUGAAGGACUCCUAGGGGUAGUCAAGUCCUGGAGGUGUAGUAACAAAGAAUGAUUGAAGAAAGAGUAUUUGGAAGACUUUUUAUUUGUUCUCAUCAUAAUUUGACUCCUCAGAACCUUGUGUCGUCGCUGUUGUCUGUUCCUGCUGAGGCAACUGAAUGUGAAGAAGAGGAUGAGCUUGCCUGCAGAGGAGUAACAAAUAAGUUCUGAAUUAUUUUUAGUUCAUAAACAUGCUGGGUAGUCUGCAGUGUUAUGAAGGCCUCAUGCUUUAAUCUGUACUAGUCAUACAUUUGUUUGGAUGACAAAAUGAGCCAGCAAAUGGGAUUUUUGUCAUUGAAGUGCUCUUUGGUUACUUAUGUUUAAUGGAGAAAUUUGUUUAACAGAGAUUUCCUAUUGUUUAAAUCCUGUAUUUGCUGAAUUUGCACACAAAAAUGCUGCUAACUUCGGAUCUGCAAAACGCUGCUUGGUGACUAAGGAACUUUUGAAAAAAACUUGCAGCUGGACAUUUGCAGACAAUGGUAAUGAGAAGUAGAUAGAAGGCAGUAUUGGGCUUAUUCUUCCCUGUCUCUCUUGCAUGAUUAAAAAA